AUGGGCAGAAUUGUUCAAUAUAACGAUUGGUUGGAUGAAGAAUGUGGAAACUUUGCAAGAGAAGGUCUUAGAACCUUAGUUAUUGCUCGUAAAAGGUUAUCAGACGUUGCCUAUAAUGAUUUUCAAGAAAGGUUUCAUGAAGCUAGGACAAGUUUAACCAAUCGAGAUAAAAUUGAGACAGCAACUUGCGUAGCAAUAUCCUCAAAAUUGAUUUCAAGAAAUCAGACUAUUCAUAAAAUAGCAAAAAUGCAAUCUUCAGAUGAAGCAUUAGAAGAAUUGGACCAUUUACAAAGUACAGGUGAUUGUUGUUUGGUAAUUGAUGGAGAAUCACUUCAGCUUUAUAUUGAUCAUUACAAGAAUGAAUUUAUUGAAUUAGCAAUCAGAUUGCCAGUUGUAGUUGCUUGUAGAUGUUCGCCUACUCAAAAGGUUAACAACAUUUCAAGUGUCGGUAUUGUUGGAAAAGAAGGAAGGCAAGCUUCUUUAGCAGCUGAUUUUUCAAUUACUCAAUUUAGCUAUUUGACAAAAUUACUACUUUGGCACGGAAGAAAUAGUUAUAAACGUUCUGCGAAGCUUUCUCAAUUUGUUAUCCAUCGUGGUCUUAUAAUAUCGGUUAUGCAAGCAGUGUUUUCUUCUAUCUUUUACUAUGCACCAAUUGCUCUAUAUCAAGGUGUAUUGAUGGUAGGAUAUUCUACCGUUUAUACAAUGGCGCCGGUAUUUUCAUUAGUAUUGGAUAUGGAUGUAAGUGAAGACAUAGCAUUACAAUUUCCGGAAUUAUAUAAAGAUUUAACAAAGGGAAGGUCACUUUCUUUAAAGACCUUCUUUCAAUGGUUAAUGAUCAGUGUAUAUCAAGGUGGCGCUAUAAUGAUUAUGUCUAUAUUUCUUUUUGAAGACGAAUUUGUCAAUAUUGUCUCGAUUUCUUUCACUGCGUUAAUUAUUAAUGAACUUUUGAUGGUUGCUUUGGAGAUCAAUACAUGGUAA